CUGUUCCUGGAGAAAUACGGCUACUUCGGCAAGCCAGGGGCCAGCACACACAGCCCUGCCGAGUUCACGGAGGCCGUGAGGGACUUCCAGCGGGUGACCCACCUCCCACUCAGUGGGGUGCUGGAUGCCCCCACGCUCCACCAGAUGGCUUUGCCACGGUGUGGCACAGAUGAUGGGAAGAGCCGUGUGGCCAGGACACACUGGGCAUCGUCCACCCGGCGGCACAGACGCACCACGCAGCACGGUGAGUGGUACAAGCGGCACCUGACGUACCGCGUGGUGAACUGGCCCUCCUACCUGCCGCAGCACGAGGUGCGCCUGGCGGUCAAAGCUGCCUUCGAGCUCUGGAGCAACGUGUCCUCGCUGGUGUUUUGGGAGGCACAGGAUGGCCCUGCUGACAUCCGCCUGACCUUCUUCCACGGGGACCACAACGAUGGACUCAACAACGCCUUCGAUGGACCAGGAGGUGCCCUGGCUCAUGCCUUCUUCCCUCGGCGUGGAGAAGCCCAUUUUGACAGCGCCGAGCGCUGGUCCCUGCACAGCGGCAAAGGGCGCAACCUCUUCAUCGUGGUGGCACACGAGGUUGGGCACACACUGGGGCUGGAGCACUCCCCUGUCAAGAGUGCCCUGAUGUCUCCCUACUACAAGAAGCUCAGCAAGGAUUUUGUCCUCAGUUGGGAUGACAUCUUGGCUGUCCAGAACUUGUAUGGGAAGCCCUCCAAGGGCUCAGCCAUCCAGCUCCCAGGAAAAGUCUUUACUCACUUCCAGGACUGGAACACAGACCUUUACAGCAGGGACCAGCAGCAGAAGAGCCUCAGCACCUAUUACUGCCACUCCUUCUUUGAUGCCAUAACCACUGAUGCAGAUCACAACCUCUACAUCUUCAAGGGCAGCCACUACUGGGUGGUGUCAACAAAUGGCAAUGCCAGUGACCCACAGCCCCUGCAGAAACUCUGGCCUGGCCUCCCCCCUGGCAUUGACGCCUGUGCCUGGUCCCAGCUCAGUGGCAAGUUUUACUUCUUCAAAGGUGGCCGAUGCUGGCGCUACAAAGGCUCCAGCUUGGAGGCAGGUUUUCCCCAAAAAUGCAGCGCGCGGGGCCUCCCUCGGCACCCCGACACCGCGCUCUACUUCCAGCAGCUGCGGCGCCUGGUUCUCUUCAAAGGCCCCAAGUACUUCGUGGUGAGUGAGGAGACCCUCAGCGUGGAGCCCUACUACCCUCGCAGCCUGCGGGACUGGGAGGGGCUGCCCCCGGGCACGGCUGGUUCCCUCACCCGCCGCGACGGCUUCGUCUACUUCUUUCGGGAUGACCAGUACUGGCAAUUUGACCGGGCAAAGCUGCAAGUGGUGGCCACUGGCAAAUGGGCCACACAGCUGCCCUGGAUGGGCUGCUGGGAUGCAAAUGGUGGAGGGAUUUUCCAAAAGGUCCCCACUGUCUCUGGGGUGACGAAUUGUGCCUAG